AUGGGAUGUGGUGGCAUUAUCAGAGAUGGCCAUGGUAAGCUGAUUCUUAGUUUUGCUGGGCCUUCUUCUGGUAAUCCUCGUUUGGCUAUUUUGAACUCUAUUCUUUAUGGGUUAAAUAGUUAUCUUUCUCUGGGUAUUACCAAUAUUACCAUUGAGGCUAAGUGUUUCAUGAAUAUUCAUUGUUUACUUAAUAGUGUGGAUGUUCCUUGUGACCCUGAGGUUUUUUAUAUUGCUCGUGCUAUCAAGCAGUUAAUGGUUUCUAUACACAUUGAUUAUUCUCAUGUGCUCAAAGAUGGUAAUGCCAGUGCUAGGUGGCUUGCUCUAUUUGGUGCUCAUAUUUAUGGUUCCAAUGAUUUUGUGAAGCCUAAUUAUCCUAUGCCUCUGAGUGGGCUUAUUAGACUUGACAAAAUUUCUCUUCCAUAUGUUAAAAAUUAA